AUGCGCGCGUCGCGUCGCGAUGCGGGCGACGCGAUCGGCGCGCGCGUGCGCGAGGCCGCGCUGCGCCGCGCGUCGACGAUUCGAGGCGGCGUCGCGAUCGAUGACGACGCGUACGCGGCGCUGAGCGCGUUCGUGGUCAUGGAAUGGGAUUUUGAUGAUGCGAGAAAAGCGUCACCGACGCGCGCGCGCUGCGUUUCUCUGGCGACCGGGACGAAGUGCGUGGGAUUUAACGCGCGCGCUCCCGACGGGGGGGGCGUCGCGGACGCGCACGCGGAAGUUUUGGCCAGAAGGGCGUUCGCGCGGUGGUUGCACGUCGAGUACGCCGCGUACGCGGACGGGAAGGCGAGCGUGUUCGAACGCGACGAUGGGUUGGGUGAUGUUCACGGUGGAUGCGCGUUGAAGGUACCCGUGGAGUCGAUGGUUCGGUUGCGGCGGGGGGUGGAGGUGCACGUGUACUGCAGUCAGUCGCCGUGCGGCGACGCGAGUGUGUUCGAGCUGCGGCGGGCGACGAACGCGGGCGAUUGUGAUUUUGGAGAUAUUCGCGGCGGACGAACGGCGUCAACGAGUGAUGUAGAGCGAAAGAAGCGAGCGAAGACGACCGGGCUCGCGGGCGGGGGCGCGGGGACGACGGGGGCGAAGAUUAUGAGCGUUGAGACGCGGGCGGGCGGCGGCGGCGGCGCGGAUCCCGAGCGCGAUCGAGCGACGAAAGAGAUCGGGGCGAUUCGUUGGAAACCGGGACGCGGUGAUCCGUCGUUUUGUUUGAGCUGUUCCGAUAAGCUUUGUCGAUGGUCGAUGUUCGGUUUACAGGGACGAUUAAUGAGACUCGUGGCGAGAGACCCGAUUACGCCGAGCUCGGUGUGCGUCUCGACGCCGCGCGUGCGUGAGGAGGACGAAGACGAGGCCAAGCGUGUGGUCGAGAGCGCGCUGAAGCGUGCAAUCGUUGAUCGCGUUGAGCGCGGCGAAAAUGGUGACGCAAAUGGUAUCGACGCCGAGAUUGAAGAUGCGUCGCUGAUGUGCGUCGCCGUCGCGCCCGCGGAUCGUACGAAUCUUUCAUCGUACGAAGCCGUCGCCAACGGCGCCGCGGUCGCGGCACCCGUUUCUACUGUGUACAUAGCGCCACCGACUUGGGCGAUGGACGUCGAGGAGGACGCAAACGAACUGAGUCGCGUCGAACGCAUCCUCGGCGCGUGCGGCUAUCUCCAAGGAUCUGGUAAAAAGAGUCGAGCCUCAGGCGCAGGUUCGAGCGCGCUUAGCGCGCGAAAGAUGUGCGAAUCCUUCGAUGCGUGCGUCCUCUUGCGCUUACCAUCGAGCGUGCGAGAUGCUCUCCGCUUGAAGACGUACGCCGAGGUCAAAUCCGCGUGCGCGCCUCGGCGCUCGAUGUCGCGCGCGCCGUCCAAACGCGCCUCGAAUCCCAUAGCUGAACGACUCGCCGAGCCAAUCCCGGGUAAGGACAAAGACUCCAUCGAAUCUUUCGUCCCGUUCACGUGA